AUGGAAGACUGCGAGAUAAUUGGAAUGAUAUUCGAAAUCAUCGGUGACAUGCUGUUCGGCUCUGACAGCUCCUCUGAUGAUGAUUACGACAACUAG